AUGUCCUGCCACUCAAUUCUGUACAUUGUGGUAUUUCUCGCUUUGUGGAUAAACUGUUCCACUGCUCAAUCUCCAUGUGAUAUUAUGACAUUUAAAUACGGUAAUGUUUGUCAAUGUACGGAGAAAUAUUGUGAUACUAUCACUCCAUUAGGGAUUAUACCAAAAUUACAGGCAGCGUUAUAUGAAAGUACAUCGGAACAUGCUGAAACUCAUCGAUUAACUAAGUUAACUAAUUUACAAUUUCAAAAACAGAUAAAUCCCAAUAUAACGAGCUUAGUGCAGAUAGAUUAUACAACGAAAUAUCAAACGAUUCUUGGUUUUGGUGGAGCAUUUACCGAUUCAGCUAGUAUAGUCGCUCAUCAGUUAUCUGAAAAUUUACAAAGUAAACUAUUAGCUCAAUAUUUUGGUGAAGAUGGUUUAAAUUAUAAUAUUGGACGUAUUCCUAUGGGUGGGUGUGAUUUUAGCACAUAUUUUUACACAUAUGCUCCAAUUUGGAAUGAUUUUGAAUUAAAUAAUUUCUCUAUUGCCAUGGAUCUAUCUACUAAGAUUCCAUUUAUUAAAUCUGCUAUUUCAAUGAGUAAUGAAACAAUUUACUUUUUUGGUUCUCCUUGGUAUGGACCAGAUUGGCUAAAAAAUUCCAGUAAUCCCAUUGGUACUUUAAAUGGUGUUGCUGGUGAUAAAUACCAUGAAACGUGGGCUCGUUAUUUUAGUAAAUUUAUUGAAGCCUAUAAUUCAGAAGGUAUUCCUAUUUGGGGAAUCACCACUCAAAAUGAGUAUGGUCAAGUCAAGGAUUUUGCAGGAUUAUUUUAUACAACAGAGCAAUUAGCUGACUUUCUCCGAAUCGAUUUAGGACCCGAAUUACGUAAAAAUCAUCCAACAGUAAAAAUUAUGACUUAUGAUGAUGAUAUGGUCUUACUUUUCUCGAAAAUUGAUAAAAUGAUAAAACGCAAUAAUUCUAUUAUUCAAUAUAUCGAUGGAAUUGCUGUUCAUUGGUAUGCUACAGAGGAUAUGACAUUUCCUGAUUUUUAUGAAUUAUUUAUUACAAAAUUCGAGUAUCCACAAUUUUUCUAUUUCCCAUCGGAAGCAUGUGAAGGAUAUAUGAAAAUCAAUCAAGGACCAAGAUUAGGAAUGUGGAAACGUGGAAUACAUUAUGCUUUAUCAAUUAUUGGUGAUUUACUUGUGGGAGCUUCUGGUUGGACAGAUUGGAAUAUUGUUUUAGAUCUAGAAGGUGGUCCAAAUCACGUUCAAAAUUUUGUGGACUCACCUAUCAUCGCUAAUACAACAAGUGGAACCGUUUUCUAUAAAAAUCCCAUGUAUUAUGCGAUGGGACAUUUUUCAAAAUUUAUUCCCCGUGAUUCCGUACGUAUUGGCAUGAAAAUAUUGAAAACAGAAACAGCAUCUACGUUAUUCGAAACAUUGAAAAUAAUUAGUUUCCUUACUCCAAACAAUCAAAUGGUGAUUGUAGCUUUAAAUCAUGAUCUCAUAUUUACACAAAGAAUACAAAUAUUGGAUCCUAAUCAAGGUUAUCUAACAUUGACAUUAUUACCGGAAUCAGUUCAGACAAUUAUUUAUGAUGUUGAAUCUCGAUCUCAUUUGUUUUCAUGA